AAUUUCCUUGUUUGAUGAAAUUAGUACACAAAAACAGACAGAGACACAGCCAAACCAAACGGUGAAAAUUGAAAAGAAAGCUCAGUUCAAUUUGUUAAUGGCGGCGAAUUCCUCUCGACCUAACCUCAAGCGCCCUUUCCCAGACGACGAUGAAGAAUCAACCAAACCUCAAAUGAAAAAAAGGGUUAGAUUUCCUAAGGGGAAGAAAGUGAAGGAAGGAGAUGAAGCGGCGGUGAAGAAAUUAGUAAUAGACGAGGUUCAACCUCAGCCCGCUCCGCUGACAGACCCUCGUCAGGCUGCUACGGAACGCUCAAAGCGUCGUAGUCAAAUGACUACGGAGCUUUUGAGUGAAGAUAACAGAGGUAUUAUCAACGAUAUCUCUAUAGCUGAAGUAACUUAUGAGGAAAACGAGGAUUUUGUGGAUGAUGGCAUUCAAAUUGAACCUUUCAACUUAGAGAAAGAGAGGGAAGAAGGUUAUUUUGAUGCUGACGGAAAUUUUGUGGAAUAUGUCAAUGAAAAUGAAAUCAAGGAUGCUUGGCUUGAUAGUGUUGAAGUGGAACCAAAAUACGCUGGUAAAGUAGUAAUAAAAAAUGAUGACGAUAUUCAAGAGCUUACGUCUCGUGAUAUUGGAAAGAUGAAAAGACGCAUAGCAGAUGCACUUGAGCCAGGCGAAACGGUUUUGCAAGCUUUGAGGAGAUUGAAAGGAACUUCAAAUAACAAAAAGGAUAAAAUGUCGCCAGAAACAAAGGCCAUAUUUGACCAGCUGACUGAAGAUGCCAUGAAGUUGUUGGAGAAUGGAGAAUAUGAUGUCUACAGUGAAAAGAAAGAGGUUUUCGAGCGUGAAGCAGAAGGAUAUGAAAACCUUGCUCGUUUAAGAGGUGAAGGCCCAUCUGGAAGUGCAGGGAAGGACAUUUUGUCUGGUUUAACAGAUGCUGGAAUAGUUUCUUCAGGGUCUGUUAAUCCAUCUGAGGAUUCAUUUGAUAUGUUUGGGGAUGAUGAAAAUGCUGCUGCUAAGCCUUCUUCUGAUGGAACUGAUGAACCAUCCAACGCUGCAAAUGCUGACUCUGGAAGUGGGACUUCACAAAGUGAUUAUGUGUUUGACGAGUCUUCCGGAUACUACUACAACAGCAUUUUGGGCUAUUAUUAUGAUCCAUCUACAGGACUUUAUUGUUAUGCAUUGACAGGGCAAUGGUACUCAUUUAAUGAGGGAACCGGAACCUACGACGAAGUACCAAAUGCUGCAUCAACUGGGGAAUAAAAGAAAAAGGAGUUGGUUUUGCUACAUUUGUACAGACUAAGCCAGAUUUUGGUUUUUGUAAAAGGAAUUGGAUGGCUGAAUGGGGCAGACUACUCCAUCUUUAUUCUUUAGAAUCUGAUCUAAAUACUUGGAUGUGUUGUUAAACGAUAGAGAUCCAUAUAUUAUCCUGUGUUAAUUAACAUCUCACAAAUGCCUUAGUUGUAUUUCCCCUCAAAAGGCUCGAAGCUAUUAAUUUCAUAUUUGUUGGAAGACACGUGCAAUAUUAAAAAAAAAUGGAGGAAUCAUUGUGAAUGAA